AAACUUUUUAACAAAUGUGUUAAGUGUUUUUUUUUUUUAAUUGACCCCAUAUUGCCACGUAGAACACAUUAGUUUUACCAUUAUAUGAGGUGUUUUAUUUUAUUUUAUAUAUACUACAAACAACACAAGGUUUCUGGUCGGAAACAUUUCAGUGUCGCCUGUGCCGGUCGAGUUGGUGGUGAAACAGCAGUACAAGCUAAUUUCAUCGAGCACUUGGCAAAGGGAGACUGGAUUAACAGAAGUGUAUUUGCAGCCUGCAGUGCUUUACCGUACAGUGAGGUGGGAUGGAGCUGGCCCACAGUCUAUUGCUCAAUGAAGAAGCCCUGGCUCAGAUUACAGAGGCCAAGAGACCAGUCUUUAUAUUCGAAUGGUUACGCUUCCUGGAUAAAGUACUUGUUGCUGCUAAUAAGGUUGAUGUGAAGGAGAAGCAGAAAAAGCUGGUGGAGCAGUUGACUGGGUUGAUCAGCAGUGCCCCAGGACCUCCCACCAGGAAACUACUGGCUAAGAACAUGGCUACUCUUUAUAGCAUUGGUGACACCUUCACAGUCUUCCAGACACUCGACAAGUGUAAUGACCUUAUCAAGAGCAAGGAUGACACUUCUGCUUACCUGCCGACCAAACUGGCUGCAGUAUCUUGCGUUGGUGCCUUUUAUGAGAAGAUGGGCCGAAUGCUUGGCAGCUCCUUCCCAGAGACGAUUAACAAUCUUUUGAAGGCUUUGAAAAGUGCAGAGUCUCAGGGCCGUGGAGAGAUUCUGCUCAGCUUGCAGAAAGUGUUAAAUGGACUGGGAGGUGCUGCUGCUUCCUGCCACCGCGACAUUUACAAGAAUGCUCGUUCUUUACUCACGGACAGAUCCAUGUCAGUUCGAUGUGCAGUAGCUAGGUGCUUGCUUGAACUCCAGAAUGAAGCUGUGUUUAUGUGGACCACAGAACUGGAAAAUGUAGCUACCUUGUGUUUCAAAGCUCUGGAAGGGUCGAACUAUGGGGUACGUGUAGCAGUAUCCAAGCUUUUGGGAACGGUGAUGGCUACUGCUUUGAUGCCAAAGCAAGCAGCUGUAAUGCGACAGAAUGUGAAGCGGGCCACGCUAGAUGAAGUGCUGGAGCUUAUGUCCACUGGAUUCUUGCGUGGGGGGUCGGGCUUCCUGAAGAGCGGGGGGGAGAUGUUGAAGGGAGGCGGCUCCGUCAGCAGGGAGGUGCGGGUUGGUGUCACACAGGCCUACGUCGUCUUUGUCACCACACUGGGUGGCCAGUGGCUGGAGCGUAACUUUGCCACAUUCUUGUCCCACGUACUGGACUUGGUGUCCCACCCCCGGGCCAUUCAGACCCAUGUGGAGGCCGUGUACUCACGCCGCUGCGUCUCUUUCCUGCUCCGGGCCACAUUGGGCAGCCUGCUGGGGGAGAAAGCUCAAAUUGCAGCCACCAAAGAGAUCUGCCAGGCCAUCAGCAAGCAGAUGAGGGCAGUUGAAGCUGUUGUGAAUGAUGCUAACAGUGAAAACAAAGCAGGUGCAGCAGACAUCUCUGCUAGCCAGCAUGUAAUGGUGUGCGCCCUCAAAGAAUUGGGCAGCCUGGUGCGGAGCCUGAGUGCCACGGCAUCACCCCUGAUACAGGAGCCCUCCAUUGGCCUCCUGGAGACAGUGACCUCAGUGCUGCUCCACCCUAGCAUGGCUGCACGGCUGGCAGCUGCGUGGUGUCUGCGCUGCAUUGUGGUAGCACUGCCCUAUCAGCUCACACCCUUACUGGACCGGUGCGCUGAACGUAUAAACAACCUGAAAACCUCGCCUGAAGCUGUCGGUGGUUACAGCUUUGCUAUGGCAGCACUGCUGGGAGGGGUACACCAAUGUCCUCUGGGCAUUCCUCAUGCUAAAGGAAAGAUGGUGGUCAGCAUUGCAGAAGAUCUUCUGCGUACUGCUGCUCAGAACAGCCGUCUGUCCUUACAGCGCACCCAGGCCGGAUGGCUUCUCCUGGGUGCACUGAUGACUUUAGGCCCUUCUCUUGUUCGCUACCACCUUCCAAAGAUGUUGCUUCUCUGGCGAAACGUGUUUCCCCGCUCACAGAAGGAGCUGGAGGCUGAGAAGGCGAGAGGAGACUCUUUCACCUGGCAGGUCACUCUGGAAGGCCGUGCUGGAGCACUCUGUGCAAUGAGGAGUUUUGUUGCUCAUUGCCCUGAGCUGCUUACAGAAGAUGUCAUCCGGAGACUAAUGACACCCAUCGAGUGUGCAAUGACAAUGAUGUCUCACAUCCCCUCUGUCAUUAAGGCACAUGGAGCUCAUUUGAAGGCCAGUGCUGCAAUGGUUCGGUUGAGACUCUAUGAUAUUCUGGCGUUGUUACCACCAAAAACAUAUGAAGGAAGUUUCAAUGCACUCCUUCGCGAGCUGGUUGCCGAGUUCACCCUGACUGAUAACUCAGCAAACACCACCACGUCCCUGCUGAGGUCUCUUUGCCACUACGAUGACAGUGUACUGCUCGGAUCCUGGCUUCAAGAAACAGACCACAAAUCUAUUGAAGAUCAGCUGCAGCCGAACAGCGCGUCCGGGAGCGGAGCUUUGGAACAUGACCCCUCCUCCAUUUACUUGCGAGUCCCAGUGGGUGAAGCUAUACCUGGUCCACUGCCUUUGGGAGUCUCAGUCAUUGAUGCCUCUGUGGCCUUAUUUGGUGUGGUCUUUCCUCAUGUUUCUUUUAAACAUCGGCUUCAGAUGUUGGAUCACUUUGCUGAAUGCAUCAAACAAGCCAAAGGUGUUCGGCAGCAAGCUGUCCAGCUAAACAUUUUUACUGCAGUGCUCAGUGCACUGAAGGGCCUAGCAGAGAAUAAGAGCAGCCUGGGCCCAGAGGAGGUUCGAAAGUCUGCCCUGGCGCUAGUUAUGGGAGCUCUGGACAACCCUAAUCCUAUCCUGAGAUGUGCUGCCGGGGAAGCUCUUGGCAGGAUGGCUCAAGUGGUGGGAGAAGCCACUUUUAUUGCUAGAAUGGCUCAGUUCAGCUUUGAUAAGCUUAAAUCUGCUCGGGAUGUUGUGUCCCGUACUGGGCACUCCCUUGCUCUAGGAUGUCUUCAUCGGUAUGUCGGAGGAAUAGGCUCAGGGCAGCAUCUAAAGACCAGUGUCAGCAUAUUAUUGGCUCUCGCUCAGGACGGAACCUCCCAUGAAGUCCAGACCUGGGCUCUUCACUCCCUUGCCCUGAUCGUGGACUCCAGUGGCCCGAUGUACCGGGGCUACGUGGAGCCCACGCUGUCCUUAGUGCUGACCCUCCUGUUGACAGUUCCUCCAUCGCACACAGAAGUGCAUCAGUGUCUCGGACGCUGCCUGGGAGCUUUGAUCACAACCGUAGGACCUGAGCUCCAAGGAAAUAGUGCCACAAUCUCUACCAUCCGCUCCUCCUGCCUGGUAGGCUGUGCAAUCAUGCAGGACCAUUCAGAUUCCCUUGUUCAGGCUGCUGCCAUCUCCUGCCUGCAGCAGCUUCACAUGUUUGCCCCACGCCAUGUUAACUUGUCCAGCCUGGUCCCUUGCCUCUGUGUCCACCUGUGCAGCUCUCACUUGCUGCUGCGUCGUGCUGCAGUGGCGUGCCUGCGACAGCUGGCACAGAGAGAGGCGGCAGAAGUUUGUGAGUACGCUAUGAGCUUGGCGAAAAAAGCAGGCGACCCCAAAGACAGCACUGGAAUCAAUUUGAAUAUCACAGAGACUGGUCUUGAAGGAGUCCUGUUUGGGAUGCUGGAUCGGGAGACGGACAAGAAACUCUGUUCUGACAUUCACGACACUUUGGGACACAUGCUAUCCUCCCUGGCUGUUGAAAAACUGUCCCACUGGCUAAAACUAUGUAAGGAUGUCUUAGCUGCCUCAACUGAGGCUGGUGCUGCAGUCCCUCUUCAAGUUGGGAAGGAGGAAGACUUAGAGAAGAAGGAUGAAAUGGACGAUGACAUCAUGUUUACCGCACUGGGAGAGGACGACAAGUCCAUGCCCUCUGUUGCUCCUCGCUGGGUGACGCGUGUGUUUGCUGCUGACUGUCUGUGCCGCAUCAUCCUGCUGUGUGAGAACGCCGACAAGGUGCACUUUGACCUGGCAGCUGCUCGUUCAGCCAAGCUCAAGAACCCAAAAGAUGAUCUUCUUGUGCUCCACCUCUCGGACCUAAUCCGCAUGGCUUUCAUGGCUGCCACCGAUCACAGCAACCAGCUGAGGAUGGCAGGCCUGCAGGCCCUGGAGGACAUCAUCAAGAAGUUUGCAGCCGUCCCUGAGCCAGAGUUCCCAGGGCAUGUGAUACUGGAGCAGUACCAGGCCAAUGUUGGAGCAGCCCUGCGGCCAGCAUUUUCCCAGGAUACCCCAUCUGACAUCACAGCAAAGGCCUGCCAGGUGUGCAGUACUUGGAUCGGCAGUGGAGUGGUGAGCGACCUGAACGACCUGCGGAGAGUUCACAACCUGCUGGUGUCCUCCCUUGACAAGGUGCAGUCUGGGAAGGGCUCAUCCAGUCAGCUGUACAGUGAGAGCGCCACCACCAUGGAGAAGCUAGCUGUCCUGAAAGCCUGGGCUGAGGUUUAUAUAGUGGCUAUGAAGAUUAAAAAGGAAGCUGAGAACAAACCACAGAAAGCAGUGAAAAGCAAUGAGGAGGAAGAGGAUGAUUUUGGGGCAGCGGACGUGCUUCCUCCUGAUAGCCUCAUCACCCUGGUGCAGCCCGAGCUGCCUACUCUCAACCACCUCUGGCUCGCUGCGCUCAAGGACUACGCUCUUCUCACCUUGCCAGCUGAGUUUGCCAGUCAGCUGCCCUCUGAUGGAGGAGCAUUUUACACUCCUGAGACGAUUGAUACAGCUAGACUCCACUACCGCAACUCAUGGGCUCCCAUACUCCAUGCUGUUGCAAUCUGGCUUAACAGCACAGGCUUCGGUUUGAGCGACCUGUCUGAAGACAUGGCCACCAAUCUCCAGAGAGGUCCGACAGCCGCUGGUUCCAGCCAACCCUCUAGCAGUACGUCUCCAGCUUCCAAAACCCAGGAAGAUGUUGUCAAGGACAAAAUACAUCUUCUCUUAGGUGUCAGUAUUGAGUUCCUCUGUUUUCCUAGACCAGAGGAACCUAUUGAACAUGUUACUGCCUGUCUGCAGGCCCUUCGUACUUUACUGGACUCCCCUUGUGUCAGAACCCACAUCGCAGAGGACCAGCUGCUUGGAGUGGAACUCCUGAAUGUGCUUCACCGUCUGCUCCUUACCCGCGACCCUCCCUCUGUGCAGCUUCAGGUAACCGGUGUUGUGCGGGAGACCAUACGAGCUGCACAGGAUUAUCUACAAGAGCAAAGACGUGCCAAGUGUAAAGAGGAUGCUGAAUGCCUGCUGGGGGAGGGAGGGGAUACUGGAGGCCUUGUUCCUGGGAAGUCCCUGGUAUUCGCUGCCAUGGAGCUGCUUGUAUUUGUCCUGGUUCGACACCUCCCACAGCUUAACUCCAAGGUCAUGGACUCCCCCAGCCACAUGCCCUACAAACCACAGCAACUGCCAGAGGAGAGUGCCAGGCUGGUGGCAGCCACUGUCACCAUCCUAGCCAACCUGCCAUCGCUCUGCUCCCCAGAUGGAAGCAUGACCAUCCAACCCACAAUUCUUUUCCUGAUCACGGGCGUGCUAAAAGAAACCGCGGAAAAGACAGCAGACAAUCAGGUCCCCCCUCCUGUCUCCGCUGCUCUGCAAGGCAUCAAAACCAUAAUAACCUCCCCAAUGGCCAAGGUGGAUAAAACCCAUAAGGAGUGGACGGCUCUCAUACGAAGCACUCUGGCUUCUGUCUUGGAGUAUUCACAGCCAGAUGAAUCCAAGCCCAACAUGGAUGAAGUGAGCAUGCUGACAGCGAUCACUCUCUUCUUGCUGUCCGCUGGUGCAGAGAUAGUUGGUGUUACGUCCUUACAGAAUGGCUGUAUGAAACGGUUCAGAAAUGCCUUGAACUCCAGUGACCCAUGGGUGCAGGCUAAAUGUUACCAGCUUUUACUUUCUGUGUUCCAACACUCCAACCGGGCCCUGUCGACGCCGUACAUCCACUCACUAGCCCCUCUGAUGGUGGAGAAGCUGAAAGCUGUGGAGCGGUGCAAACCCAGUAGCAAUACUGAGCUGCUAGCUGUGCAGGAGGGUAUCAAAGUCCUCGAAACACUGGUUGCCAUGGGAGAGGAACAAAACAGAGUCCAGCUCCUCGCUCUCCUGGUUCCAACACUUAUCUCUUAUCUUCUGGAUGAGAAUGCUUUCACUUCAGCCCCAACUGCUUCCAUGGGCCUCCACGAGUUUGCACUGCAGGACCUAAUGCGCAUCGGGCCUCUCUACCCCAGCGCCUUCAAGACAGUAAUAGGUGCUGCCCCGGAGCUGAAGUCCCGGCUGGAGACUGCAAUCCGAGCCAGCCAAGCCAGCAGCAAGGCCAAGGCAGCUGCCAGACUGGCCCAGCCCACUGUGCAAGCAGCACCCACCAUCAAACUCAAAACAAGCUUCUUCUGAAGUGGCAAUCCAUGGCGGGCUGCAGUACUCUAUACUGUGCAUGACAGCCAUAGACAUCAUAGCCUUUAACUCUGUGGCUAAUACACAUAAACUGAGUCUUU